AUGGAUCUUCUGGACUUCCCCGAAACCGUGCGAUACCUGACUCAAGAGGAUGAAGGACGCGCCCUUGGCAAGACGGUUGCGGGAAAUAGUCGAGAGUGGUCGCGUAAGAUUCUUCGCGAGCAAGACGCCAAGCUCUUCUUUUGGCGAUUUGAUGCUGGAGUAUGGAAGACUAAUGGGUGA